AUGCGUAUGCCAGAGUGGGAUGAGAAGACGGUCUUCAUCGGCAAAAAGACAACCUCGACCGCCAACAAGCCAACGCCAUCCACACAGCCCAAGCCGUCCAAGCCGGCUCUAGUCGAUGUCCACAUUGGCGAGAACUUCGUGGCAGCCGUCCCCAAGAAGCUUCUCACAAGGUUCUCGGCUGUGGCGAACGACGGUUACUUCCCGAAGACACCAGAAGCAACCCGUGUCAACGGUGGUCCUGCUGGGAGGCCAGGCAAUACAGAUGACUUUCCAGGCACAGCAAAGCUCACAGACGCCCGCAACGGCUCGAGCAAUCCCAGCAUCUCGUUCUCCCUGGUCGGCGUCUCGAUCCAGCCGAGCCGCACUGCGAUGCAGUCAUGCAUCGACUGGAUGGACAAAAAUGGCGCAGUGACUGGCGAUGAGAUCCUCGACUCUCUUUUCGUAGAAGAUCCCGAUAACACGCCACUGACGGUCCUGAUGGACCUCUACGCCGCUGCUACAUGCAUGGCACUUCGUCCCAUCGGCCACCAUCUGCGCAAUGAGGUGUUGGACCGUGUUCAUGAAACGAUCCCGGAGGCUGCCAUGAUGCAACACGUCCAUGAGCGCUUCCGUCCUAGCACCUACGUUCAUGAGCAGAUGGUCAAGGUGUAUUUGAACUGUGUGGAGCAGGAGUCGCCCACGGAGAGGGAGUUCAAGGCAAUCGACGACUUGGUCACUUCGGACGACACGUUGGCUGCUGCCAGCGAGCAGGGCAAAAAUCGUCGCGAGGGCUACUGGGCUGGGGUUGAGAGGAAGCGCAGGGCGUUGGAGCGCGAGGAACGUGAUGCUGCUGCCAGGCAAGCACGUUCCGAUUGGGGUCCCAGCAGUGGAUCGAGUGGUGGUCGGGGAAGAAGCGGUGGAAGUGGGCAAGCUGUUGGUCGUUCGCAGGCUGCCAAUGCUUCACCAGGCAAUGGUAGAGGCAUUCGCGGACGUCAUGUCCCUGGAGCGUAA